AUGGACACGUCGUCAACCCUCGCGACGAGCGCCACCCCGACAAUUCCCGCCGAACAGCUUGCCGCACUUACAUCGCUGCUGUCGGGACUCACCGCUGCCGCUUCCGGCACUACCGCACCCGCCACGACAUCCGGCUCCAAUCGCAAUGCCUUCCCGAAGCAUGCGCGGUUGGACGGGCCGAAGACGUUCGCGAACUGGACACGCCAGCUUCGCCUGUGCCUAGCGGACGACAUCCGCUCCUACGUCCUCGACGGAAUCACCCCCGACGAUUGGACGCCUUCGCAACGCUCCGCCCGCGACGUCGUGGCACGCGAGAUCCUUGCAAACUCAAUCGACUCGGCCGAAGUCUCGGCAGUCCUCGACAAGAUCCCUACGGCCGACCUCACAGCGCCCAAGAUUUACUCGACGCUGAAAUCGCGAUACGCCCCUGAUGACGCCACUCGCACGCUCGAGCUCUUCUCGCGACUCUGGGGCUUCCGACCCAUGCCCGGAACGGUUGGCGAAUUUGACAGUUGGAUCAUGGACUUCAAGUCGGUCGCGCAAGAGAUCAUCGAUACGAAAACGACGAUCAACGACGUCCUUGCCACACUCCUCCUCGCGAUCGCCCACCCGUCACUCGAGAGCUUCAAGGCAACGUUCACCGACGAACAACGCACGCAACGAACUCUCCCUGACAUCGAUUCAGUGGCCGACCGUAUGCGAGUUCAACUCCGGUCAACGAACCUCUCCAACGAUCAAUCGGCCCUCCUUGCCUCGUCGUCGCCACGUUCUACCCGUACCAAGUGCCUCGCCUGUCGCAGCCCUUCUCACCGCGUCGCACAAUGCCCUACAAGGGCCCAGCAUCCACCGCCAGGCCCGUGUCGCUCCUGCAAGAAGAAGGACCACUGGUCUUUCGACUGCAAAAAGGCUCUUGAGGACGGGAAAACGCCCGACACCUCUGAUGCGCAACACCAUGUCGGAUGUCUCGCCACCGGUCUUCUCGCACAUCGUCGUCAGCUUCGCAACAACUCCUUCGUCGUCGACUCGGGUGCCACUUCGUGUGAAGAGUCCACUCUCAGCUCGACAGGGGCGCCUCGGUCGUUGCGCGCACUUGCUAGCCCGCCCCCGGCGGUGGGGACUUAGACGCGCGCGACUGCCUCAGCGCGCCAGCGCCGGCGGAUUCAUGCGCGCGCCCGCUAGCCCGCCCCCUUGCGGUGGGGACUUAGGCGCGCCGGCGAUUUCACCCGCGGCUGACUUAGGGAUGUACAUUGUGUUGAACUUCGCUCCAUCUCACUUCUAGGACAAUAUGCGCUCACUGAAGUAGAGGUGCCUCGCCUUUUGGUGCAGUGGUAUAUUGUUCCUUCAUAGGUUAUGAGCCCAGAGCAACCAGCAGGUCAUGAGUUCAAUCCCCCCUGGGGUCAGGCAAUUUUGCGCGCAUACACUCAGCGUCCCGGCCCCCGCACUUGCCCAGCGGCGUGCCAAGCACCCUGGCGCAUCGACAGUGCUCACAGUGCCCAAGCUGCACUUGCCCAAGCGACCUGAUCAACAUGCCCAGUUGCCUCACAAGCCGCACCCACUGCCACAAGCUCUUCAGCUUCGCGCACAGGGGGGUGUUGAACUUCGCUCCAUCUCACUUCUAGGACAAUAUGCGCUCACUGAAGUAGAGGUGCCUCGCCUUUUGGUGCAGUGGUAUAUUGUUCCUUCAUACAUUGUCACGCGCCUGGGACUAUCCCAGCGUGGCCCCCCCCCUUUCUGUUUCUUAGCUUCCUUCUCAUCACUUCUGUUCGACUCUCAACCUCUCCUGACAGUAGUGGUGAACGUCUCAUAGGUACGCUGAAAUAGAUCACUUCUGUUCGACUCUCAACCUCUCCUGACAGUAGUGGUGAACGUCUCAUAGGUUAUAAGCCCACGAGCCACCAGCUGGCAUGACCACGACACCACCCCUCGCGACGGGUGCCAACCCUCCGAUUCCCGCCGAACAGCUCGCCGCACUUACAUCGCUGCUGUCGGGUCUCACCGCUGCCGCUUCCGGCACUGCCACACCCGCCACGACGUCCGGCACCACUCGCACUGCCUUUCCAAAGCACGCACGCUUGGAUGGUGCGAAGACCUUCGCGAACUGGACACGCCAACUUCGCCUGUGCCUAGCGGACGACAUCCGCUCGUACGUCCUCGACGGUAUCGCACCCGACGACUGGACACCUUCGCAACGCUCCGCUCGCGACGCCGUCGCUCGUGAGGUCCUUGCGAAUUCGAUUGACUCGGCCGAAGUCUCGGCAGUCCUCGACAAAAUCCCUACCGCCGACCUGACAGCGCCGACAAUCUACUCGACGCUGAAAUCGCGGUACGCCCCUGACGACGCCACCCGCACGCUCGAGCUCUUCUCACGACUCUGGGGUUUCCGUCCCAUGCCCGGCACGGUUGCCGAAUUCGACGGGUGGAUCAUGGACUUCAAAGCCGUUGCGCAAGAGAUCAUCGACACAAAGACAACUAUCAAUGAUGUUCUCGCCACACUCCUCCUUGCAAUCGCCCACCCGUCCCUCGAGAGCUUCAAGGCGUCGUUCACCGAUGAACAGCGCACGCAACGAACUCUCCCCGACAUUGAUUCGCUUGCCGACCGUAUGCGAGUCCAACUUCGGUCAACGAACAUCCCCAGCACUCAAUCGGCCCUUCUUGCCUCGUCGUCGUCACGUUCUACUCGUCUCAAGUGUCUCGCCUGUCGCAGCCCUUCGCACCGAGUCGCGGAGUGCCCUACGAGGGCGCAACACCCGCCGCCAGGACCCUGUCGCUCCUGCAAGAAGAAGGAUCACUGGUCUCUCGACUGCAAGAAGGCGCUCGAGGACGGCAAAAAGCCCGACACCGCUGACUCGACCGUCGACUCGCAACACCAUGUCGGAUGUCUCGCCACCGGUCUUCUCGCUCGUCGUCGCCAGCUUCGCAACCACUCUUUUGUCGUCGACUCGGGCGCCACUUCGCACAUGGUCUCGGACAAGUCGCUGUUCACGACCUAUCGCCAUAUCGCUCCUACGAAGAUUGGUGGUAUUGCAGGGGGCAUCAACGCCAUCGGAACGGGAAACAUCGCCUUCAUUGCCGCCUCGGGUCAUCCGAUCACGCUUACCGGCGUGCUGCACACUCCGGGCCUGUUUGUCAAUCUUCUCUCGGUCUCUCGACUUUGCGACACCGACGAUGUCCGUGUCGCCUUCACAAAACACGGCAUCCACAUUGACAAGGACGGCAACGACAUCGCUGAAGGCGCACGACUCGACGAAGGGCUCUACUUGCUGGACGCUGAUCAUUCCAAAUGUCAGCACCUUGCUCUCCUUUCUCGCUCACAGUCGUCCGUGCCCCUGCUGACUCUCCAUCGCUGCCUCGGCCAUCUCGCACCGUCCUCCAUACAGAAGAUGGUUGCCGCUGGUUUGCUGGAGGGUCUCAGGGCCGGAUAUAGUGACGAAGAGGUAGAGAAGUUUGUCUGCAAUGCUUGCCUCAGCGCAAAGGGCCAUCGUCUUCCCUUUCCCGAUUCGGAUUCGCACUCCUCAGAGAGACUCGGCCUUGUACACAGCGAUGUGCUUUCCUUCCCCGAGCGGUCCUUGACUGGCAAACGUUACCUGGUCACAUUCCUUGACGAUUACUCGCGCAAACUCUGGGCCUACGCAAUCGGACACAAAAGCGAAGUCUUCGGCAUAUUCAAAACUUGGCUAGCCGAGGUUGAACUCGAGACGGGUGCGACGCUGAAGGUCCUCCGAACCGACAACGGUGGCGAAUACUGUUCGAGAGCGUUCACAGAGUUCUGCAAGACACGAGGCACCCGUCGACAAUACUCUAUCCCACGCACGCCUCAACAGAACGGUCGUGCAGAGCGGGUCAAUCGUUCCAUUGUCGAAGGCGUCCUUGCCCUCCUUGUCGACGCCCACCUACCCAAGACAUUCUGGGAGGAGGCUGCAGCUUAUUUCGUUUACUGCAAGAACCUGUGUCAACACGCGGCCCUGGACAAGGCAACACCAAACUCCGUCUGGCAGGGUGACCACACCACUGCCUCGGCGCUUCACCCGUUCGGCUGUACAGCUUGGCUUACGGUCGCGCCCGAACUUCGCUCCAAACUCGACCCGAAGGCGGUUCGCGUUUUUUUCACCGGCUACGACCUGGCUUCAAAAGCCUUUCGCUUCUACGACACUACAACACAGAAGAUUAUACUUGGCAGAAAUGCCACGUUCCUCGACACUGAAUUCCCCGGAUUACAUGGCGACCCCACUGAGCAAGACGGCGACACGCACUUCGCCAGCGCUCCCACCACCGAAUCUCAAACCGUUGUCAAGACAUGGACCCCACUAGUAAGGUCGGCGCACAUGGACGUCUCAUCCCCCCUUGAUGAUUCUGCCAUGAGCGCCGUUGACGUGGCCCCAGGGUACACUGGCGGAACCUUACUUAACUUCACAGAUGCCGAAUCGUCCUCGUCACCGUCGCCUGCGUCGCCCUCAUCACCGUCGUCUGCGCCAUCGCCUGCACUUUCACCAUCGUCGGCUGCGUCAUCGUCACCCUCGGCCUUACCGACCGACUCUGAAGACUCCGCCGAUCCCCUCGACCUCCUCGGCUCACAGCCCCAGGUUCGCCUCGAUCUACAGGACGUGCACCACCCAGACUUCAGCACGUACCGCGAGCCCGCAUCGGCUGAGGAGUCGCCCGACGAACUCGACCUCAUUGGGCGCCACUCUCGCGACGAAUCUCCGGACGAAAUCGAUUUCCUCACCCGACACCACCGCGCCUUCAUCGCCAUCGACGACGACACCUCUGACACAGAGGCAAUUCAGCCAGUCAAGUCCAUCACGAGCGACCCACAGACCUGGCGCGAGGCGAUGUCUAGCGACAAGCGUGAAGUAUGGGCCAAAGCCGCCACCGACGAGUUCACCUCCAUGCGCGACGACUUCAAGGUCUUCACCAUCGAGGACCGAGCCACGGUGCCCGCGGGUGCGACUAUCGUUACAUCCAAGUUCGUCUGGAAAACGAAACGGAACGCACUCGGCGAAGUCACUGGACACAAGGCAAGGCUGGUCGCGCAAGGCAAUCGGCAACGCGACGGCAUCGACUUCAACGAAACGUUCGCACCGGUCGCACGCUUCUCCUCGAUACGCUCACUCCUCGCGCUGGCGGCCGCCAACGGCUUGCACGUGCACCAGGCGGACAUCGACAAAGCAUAUCUGCAUGGCGACCUUGACCACGACAUCUGGAUGACGGCACCGCGCGGCUUCGACCUUCCCAGCGACAAGGUGCUUCGCCUGCGACGCUCCAUCUACGGGCUCAAACAGGCUGGCCGAAUCUGGAAUCGACACAUCGACGCUUCGCUUCGGGCCCUCGGUUACACGGCGACGGGCACCGACCACUGCGUAUACUCUUGGCUCGAUGAUCGUCAAUGUCCACACUACAUCGCACUGUACGUCGACGACCUCCUGAUGAUCAGCCCGGAACUGGCCGAAAUCGAACGUGUCAUCUCAGGCCUGGACCAACGCUACGGAGUCAAGCGCCUCGGCCCGGCCGAGUAUAUCCUCGGCAUCCAGAUCAGGCGGUUCGACGACGGCUCUAUCGCCCUAUCCCAGGAACGGUACAUCAUGGACGUGCUCGCUCGGUUCCACUUCGACACCACGACUCGCGGCACUACAGUUCCGAUGACUCCCGGCCUUUCGCUCACUGCUAUCCCGGGUCAAGGCACCGAACGGAUCAGGUCAUGGUAUCUGCAGGCUAUCGGCUCGCUCCUCUACAUUUCGCUCGGUACCCGCCCUGACAUCGCCUUCGCCGUGUCCUACCUGGCCCGCUUCGCCAACAACCCCGGUCGUCGUCAUUGGAUUGCGGUCAAGCACAUCCUACGCUAUCUCCGGGCCACGUAUCGCAACGAACUCGUGUAUGCUCGCGGCCAGGCUCGCAUCACGGGUGUGGUAGGCUACUCCGACGCGAACUGGGGGGCCUGCAUCGACACAUCGGUGUCCACCAUGGGCUACGUCUUCUACAUCGCUGGCUCGGCCGUGUCCUGGUCGUCCAAACGCCAGUCUCGAGUUGCCGAUUCGACCACCGACGCUGAAUACCUCGCCCUCUCGCAUGCUGGCAAGGAAGGGAUUUACCUCAGUCAGCUGCUCGAAGAGCUCCAUGUACAACCUGUUGCACCGGCUCACAUCUUUACUGACAACGAAGCCGCUGCUGCAGUUGCUCACGAUCCUGUCCGCGUCUCUGGCACUCGGCACAUACGCUUGCGUGAGCACUUCGUUCGGGACAUGGUGAAUCGGGGCGACAUCUCUCUCUCGCAUGUGGGUACCAGCGACAUGGUGGCCGACAUCUUCACCAAGGCUCUCGGCCCAAAGGUCUUCUCAACGCACUGCUACGCCCUCGGCCUUCGCACUCGACACCCGCGGCUUGGGUCUGCCUCGCAUUCGCGUGGGGGGGGGUGUGAAGAGUCCACUCUCAGCUCGACAGGGGCGCCUCGGUCGUUGCGCGCACUUGCUAGUAUGAAGGAACAAUAUACCACUGCACCAAAAGGCGAGGCACCUCUACUUCAGUGA